AUGACCCCAUACAACCUGGCCCUCAUGUCUCUAGAACGUUACAUAGCCAUAUGUUUCCCAUUGAGACACUUACAGUUGUGUACACCAAAGACAGCAAAAUAUGCAAUUGCUGUGGUCUGGGUGAUAGGAUUGUCUCUAAGUACUGUAAACGUUAUUACCGUGAGCUACUUCACAGAAAGAGCCUCAUACUCCCUUUAUGAGUUGUGUGGUGCGAUAAAGCUGGUAAGUCCCAUACAAAAUGUGAUCAGGACCAUGAUCAAUAUCCUCAGCUUCACCAUGGUGGCCUUGAUUAUUCUAUAUACCUACAUUAAUGUCAUGCUGGUUGCCAGGAAGGUCAAUUCUGGAGGUUCUUCAGCCCUUAAAGCUGGGAAAACUGUGCUGCUCCAUGCCUUCCAGCUACUGUUAUGUUUGGCCGCCUACAUCUCCACCACAAUAGAAACCUAUGUAAAUUUAAUGUAUUUCGUAACGUUUUCCAACUAUGUUUUGUUCAUGUGUGUGCCCAGAUUACUCAGUCCACUGAUCUAUGGGAUAAGAGAUGAAGCUUUUCAAAAACAUAUAAGAAAAGCUUGCACAAUAUCUUGUGUCUGUCGUCCACAAUGA